UAUUUUCUAAUUUUGGAUGUGGAGCAAUUAAAAAGUAUUAAGAAUAAAAUAAACGAGUGUGUAGUCCACCUAUAUAAGUAUAUGAUCAUGGGGACUCUGAAUGACGUAGGGAUGCUAUAUAUUUUUUUACAUAGGCCUGCCAGGGGGUCAAGUAAAUUGUUGGGGGUUUGGAGAUGGUGGCCAUACGAGAUGUUUAGUGAUAAUCAAAUAGUGUAGAUAAUAAACAAUUGAAGUCAUUUGAAAGAAGAAGUUAAGUCGCGUCGGUACGGCAGGUAUGCUUGAAUCCGAUCGAGGAUUCAUUUUGGAUCGGUAAAGGAAUACAAGCCUUUCACUUAAAAUAGUCUGCUCACAUGCGAUAGGAAUUUUUCGUAAGAAAUAUUAAGGAAACGGGAGUGUUCGACGAGGUUAUAUAUCCAAUGAAAAUUAGGACAAUAGUUGUUAGGAUUAAAAUCGUUUUAACAAAUGAUAUUAACGUAUAAUCGUAAAACAAUUGAAGACAAAUAGAUCGAGCGGCUUACUAUCUCGAAGAGAAAAUUGUCUUGGUGAUUUUAUUGAAUUCAUUGAGCGCGUAUGCGGUGCCCUACCCCGUUGCACUAUUUUUACACCUGCACUUUUUAUUUACGCGUAUUUGUUCUGUUGCAUGUUUUAGCCAAAUAUUUUUGGCUAUCUUUAUAGUGGGUUACGUAAUUUUCAACAUGAGUUACUUUGAUACGAUGGUCGAUGAGGAAUUAAAUAAAAGUCUAUUGUUUUGCAAGUAGUAAAGCGUCGAUACGUUAGUACGGAUACGCAUUACGCAUCCUAUCGUUCUACGGAAUUGAUUUCUGACGUCGUAACCAACCAACGAACAAUAUUAUUACGAGUUUUUCAUAUUUAACGUUAACUAAAUGGUUAGACAAAUGUUUGCCCUAAGUGAGAAUUACGUUUAUUCUUAACUAGUGAAAGUGGUCUUGUUUAGACAUGCCUAUGGAAGAUUAUUUACUUCAGCAGUUGUGUCAGCUCGUAAUGUGGCAGUACAAAGACUUAAUAAAUAAUAAUAACAAUGACAGAAGUACUAUCCAAAGAUUGUGGUGAACGUGGAUUGCAUCAAGAAAGAGACAUGUCGGAAUCUUCACAACAUCAUUACAGCCACCCUCCACCAGAUAUUAUGCCGAAGGGUCUUGCUAUCAAUGGCGUAGGGGGUAGGCUACGUCAAUUAGAAGCUCUUUUUAUUAGUGGUCCUGUACAAGGAGGAAAAGUGGGGCAUACUUUUUCUAUAGAAACCCUUAUCGAUAUACUGCUUGUUCUAUAUGAUGAAUGUUGCAACUCUUCUUUACGACGUGAGAAGACAGUCUCAGACUUUAUUGAAUUUGUAAAACCAGUAGCUACUUGUAUAAAGAGUCUGCAGUUGGCACGUGAAGAUUUUGAAAUAGUUAAAGUCAUUGGUAGAGGAGCAUUUGGGGAAGUAUGCGUUGUAAGAAUGCGUGGUUCAGAUAAAGUGUUUGCAAUGAAAAUUUUGAAUAAGUGGGAAAUGUUGAAACGUGCUGAAACUGCAUGUUUUCGAGAAGAAAGAGAUGUACUAGUUUACGGUGAUCGCAGAUGGAUCACAAAUCUUCAUUAUGCCUUUCAAGAUGACAAUAAUUUGUAUUUGGUCAUGGAUUAUUAUUGUGGUGGAGACCUCUUAACGCUGCUAAGUAAAUUUGAAGAUCGUCUUCCUGAAGACAUGGCUCGUUUUUACAUAGCAGAAAUGGUGCUAGCUAUUGGGUCUAUACAUGACUUACGUUAUGUACACCGUGACAUUAAACCUGAUAAUGUUCUAUUAGACGCAAACGGCCAUAUUAGAUUAGCUGAUUUUGGCUCAUGCUUGCGUCUUUUUGAAGAUGGCACUGUGCAAAGUAAUGUUGCUGUAGGUACACCGGACUAUAUUUCCCCAGAAAUAUUAAGGGCAAUGGAAGAUGGCCAAGGACAAUAUGGACAUGAAUGUGAUUGGUGGUCACUUGGAGUAUGUAUGUAUGAGAUGCUUUAUGGAGAGACACCUUUUUAUGCUGAAUCUCUAGUCGAAACCUAUGGAAAGAUAAUGAGUCAUAAAAAUUGCUUCGACUUUCCUUCAGACGAUAUAUAUGAUGUUUCUGAAGAAGCUAAGGAUCUGAUGCGCAAAUUAAUUUGUACUUCUGAAUUUAGAUUAGGUCAAAAUGGAAUUGAUGAUUUUAAGAAACAUCCGUGGUUUGAAGGUGUGAAUUGGGACACUCUUAGGGACAGUACUGCACCUUACAUUCCUGAAGUUUCUUCACCAACUGAUACAUCGAACUUUGAUGUUGACGAUACGGAUGUUCGUAGUUCCAAUGCUGUUCCUCCAGCAGCAAAUUCUGCAUUUUCUGCCCUUCACCUCCCUUUCGUAGGGUUCAGCUUUACACAAGGAAGUUGCAUCUCAGAUUUAGGCUGUUUAUCUGCAUUGAAUCAAAAGGAUAAACAUGUUCAGAUGCUUGAAGAAGAAAAUUUACAAUUAACGCAGACGAUAGAAGAUCUUAAAAAUCAAAUUGCUGCAAACCAUCCCUCGCCUGGCAUUUCACCUGAUUCUAAUAAUGCAACGAGAAAACUUCAAGAUGAAAUAAAUACUCUUACAAAACGGAAUUGUGAAUUAGAAUCACAAUUGAAAUCUAUGGAGAUACCUCGUGAACUACGUAGUUUAGAUAAUGGCGACUUAUCUAAACUUCGUGAAUUGGAAAAGUUAGUGCGUUCACUUCGUUCUGAAAAAGAAGAAGCUAUUAAAGACAAGUUGGACGCGCAAGAAAAAUUAAAGCUCCAAGAUAAAGAAUUGAAGGAUGCUUUAACGCAACGUAAACUUGCCAUGGCAGAAUACACAGAAGUGACAGAUAAAUUAUCUGAAUUGAGACAACAGAAACAAAAGUUAUCUAGACAAGUCAGGGACAAGGAAGAAGAUUUGGAAGUUGCUAUGCAGAAAAUUGAUUGUUUAAGACACGACAUAAGGAAAGCUGAAAAAUUACGUAGAGAAUUGGAGAAUAGAGUGGAGGAAGCAAUGGCUGAAACUAGGAAAGAGAGGAAACUUCGAGAACGUAGCGAGGAAUAUUGCAGACAAAUGCAAGAAGAAACAGAAAAGAUCAGACAACGUUCUAUGGGAAAUGAUGCAAGUGCCAAUCAAGCCUUAGCUACUCAAGAAAUAAACAGACUCAAAGCAGAGGUAGAGAAACUUGAGGUACAAUACAAUGAAAAUUUAAAUCAGCAACAAAGUAGAUUCAAUCUCGAAAUGAGAAGUCUCCAAGAACAAUUGCACGAAGGUGAGACGAGAAGAGAAUUGUUGGAACGUGAGGUUCAACUUACCAAGGAGAAAUUAGAUGCGGCAAGGUUAGAAAAUAUUACCGAUAGUGAAGAUACGAUAAAUGAAUUGAACAGAAGACACGAGAGAGAGAAAAUUAUGCUAGUCGAAGAAAAUAAGAAACUUUUGCUUGAGCUUAGUAAUGUUACUGAUAGUGUUAAUAGAAUACAGGGUGAAAGAAGACAAUUAGAAGAAGAAUAUGAAGAAUUAAGGAACAAAAAGGAAGCUAUAGCUCAAUGGGAAGCUCAAAUUACUGAGAUUAUUCAAUGGGUUUCAGAUGAGAAAGAUGCUAGAGGAUAUUUACAGGCUUUGGCGACAAAAAUGACUGAGGAAUUGGAAUUUUUAAAACAUUCUGGUGGUGUAACAGGAGUAGGAGGCGGCUCUACUAUGGCAGACAAGAAUUGGCGUAAUCGUAGAUCGCAGAAACUUGAUAAAAUGGAAUUAUUAAAUUUACAGAGCUCUUUGCAGAGUGAAAUACAAGCAAAGCAAGCAAUUUCUGAAGAAUUAACAAAAAAUCGAUCAGAAUUAAUUGCUGUACAAAAAGAAUUAAAAGAUGUUAGACAGAGAUAUGAUUCAAUGUCCCAUGAAAUGAAACGGAAAGAAAUGCAGAUUAAAGAAUUACAAACGCGGCUUGAUACUGGUGAUGGCUGUAAUUCUUCGGUACGGUAUGCAAUUCUGAUUUCUAGACUACAAAGUGCCCCUGUUUAUUGGCGUAACGAGCUGCGUGUGGGGCCUCUUGUUGCUCAUCUUCAAACUGUAUUUGUGACAGCUGUGCUAUCCAGCAAUACGUCAAGCAAAUCGUCAAACAUCGUUAGCACCAAACCCCAACGCAUCAUCGUGCACCAGCCGUCAUCACCCCUACCAGUAAUGCGUGCUUCCCGCAUCACAACAUGUCGCUUAUUAACUAGAUUCGUUCCCGUCAACACGUACAUCAGUCAGAAUGCCGUUACCAUCGUUCCGCCGCCCGUUUUAGAACGUCCUACAUCACAAAUGUCUUACUUGGAACACUUUUUGAAAGAAACAGCAAGUAGUGCUCGUCAUGGAAGUGCAGAUAGUGUAGAAGGUGAUAUUGAAGACAACCGUGCCCCAAGUAUUACUAGUAGUAAAAGUAAUUUAUCUGAAUUUAGCAUUGAUCCAACAUCACCAUUGUCACAUGAACUUUUGAAUAAAUCAUCGACUUCUCAUGGUCAAGUUAAUUUACAACCAAAGCCUAAAUCUCACCAAUUCCUGGUGAGAACAUUCUCAGCUCCCACUAAAUGUAAUCAUUGUACUUCAUUGAUGGUUGGUCUAACGAGACAGGGAGUUGUAUGUGAAGUUUGCGGCUUCGCCUGUCACAUGUCUUGUUGUGAUAAAGUUUCACCUAUGUGUCCUGUUCCUCACGAUCAAACAAAGCGUCCACUGGGUAUCGAUCCUACCAGAGGGAUUGGUACUGCAUAUGAAGGAUAUGUUAAAGUGCCAAAAAUGGGAGGAGUUAAAAAAGGUUGGGUACGGCAAUUUGUGGUAGUUUGCGAUUUUAAGUUAUUUCUGUAUGAUAUUUCACCCGACCGCAAUGCUUUGCCGUCAGUAUAUGUGUCGCAAGUUUUGGAUAUGCGAGAUGAAGAAUUUAGUGUUAGUUCUGUUCGUGAUUCAGAUGUUAUACAUGCUACAAAAAAAGAUAUUCCAUGUAUAUUCAGGAUUACAACAUCAUUAUUAGAACCACCUGGUCUAAAAAACCAUACACUAAUGCUUGCAGACACAGAAAGUGAAAAAACAAAAUGGGUAGUAGCAUUAAGUGAGCUUCAUAGAAUCUUAAAAAGAAACAAUCUUCCCAAUACAACGAUUUUUAGAGCGAAAGAAUUAUUAGAUAAUACAUUGUCUCUUAUUAAGAAUGUAAUGUCAGGAGCUAUCAUUGAUCCAGAUCGUCUAGUCAUUGGCACAGAGGAAGGCCUCUUCUGUUUAGAUUUAGAUCGUAGUGAAAUAGCAAGGGUUGGUGAAGGUAAAAAAAUAUAUCUUCUUGAAUAUGUAACUGAAGAACAGCUUAUCGUAGUGCUUAGUGGCAAACAACGUCACAUCAGGUUGGUGCCGGUACGCGCAUUAGACGGGGAUGAGGUUGAAUGGAUUAAAGUUGCCGAAACAAAAGGAUGCAUAACAUUAACGACAGGCGUAGUACGUCGUAGUCCACUCACAUACUGCUUGUGUGUUGCUAUGAAAAAACAGAAUUCUUCUCAAGUUAUUAUUUAUGAAAUAACACGUACAAAAGCAAGACAUAAACGUAUACGUGAAUUAAUGUUACCAUGUCACGCACAAACCUUACAAGUAUUUUCUGAGGGACGUCUUUGCGUUGGAUAUCCUUCUGGUUUUACUAUCUACAGCAUCUUAGGAGACCAUCACCCUAUUUCAUUGGUCCAUCCCGAAAAUACACUUCUUGGUUUUCUAACAUAUAGUGCUGUAGAUGCAUUACGUUGUAUCGAAUUAACACGUGGAGAAUUUUUAUUGGUCUUCCAUACAUUAGCAGUAUAUGUUGACAGUCAAGGUAGAAAAAGUAGAGAUCGGGAAAUAAUGUAUCCAGCUGUUCCUACAGCAGUCAGUUAUUGCGAGGGAUAUUUAUUAGUAUACAGCGAAACUCACAUUGAUGUAUUUGAUUGUACAACAGGGGAUUGGUUGCAAACGCUCAAUGUGAAAAGAGCACAGCCCUUAAAUAUCUCUGGCUCUUUAACAUCUUGCAUUAUCAAUGACAUGCCUCAUGUUAUCUAUCUCAGCAAUUUACAUCAACGAGAAUUAUUAAAUUUGACUCCAUUAGAUGCAAAUGGUAGGCAGAUGACAAGACCUAGAAGAAGAUUUUCAUUGAGAGAAGGAAAUAGAGCUGUUCGUCCUACCGAUAGACGUUCUAAGAUGAUAUCUGCUCCUACAAAUUUUAAUCAUAUUAGUCAUAUGGGACCAGGUAAUGGUAUACAGAUUCAGCGUUUGUUAGACUUACCAACGACUCUUGAAACAGCUGAUCAACAACACUCCGCUCAUCAUAGUAGCUCUCAUAUACAUGGCAGUCAACAACGAUUAUACGGCUCUACUUUACAAACACCAAGUAAACCAGCUCCAUUGCCUCCUAGACAUCCACCUUCUGAUACACGUCGAUUAAGUUCUCAUAUGGCACGAAAUUCUGGUUAUUCGCCUCAUAAUGGUUCAACAUCAUCACGAAGAGGUCCUGCUCCACCACGUCCUACUGCUACUCCACCCUCUCUACCGCGUACACCAGUUGAUCAAGUUGAUUCCGAAUCUUUACAUUUACGCUCGCACACUCCGCUCUCUCUGGGCAGUAUCGCAUCUUUACACGAUAAAGAUCAUCCAUCCGGUGGAAGUCCUAGACAUUCAAUUGCUUCUAACAAUAGUUCGAAUCCAUCAACACCUCCGAGUCCUGCUCAUGAUCAUGGAUCAUCAUCGUAUGAUUCUUAAACAAACUUUUAAGCAUUGAACAAAAUUAUUUGUUAUAAGAUUGGGGGUGUAUAUGCUACCAUAUACAACACCUAAGAGAAAUAAGUUAUUCAUAUUCAUAAUAUCCCUUAUAAGAAGCAGUACUCGCAUUUGAUCUUUUCAUUGGUAAGUUAUUACAGUUUUCUUAUUAUUAAUACUAGUGCAAUAAACUUCGUUCAAUUAUUAUUAUUAGGAGUAUAAUACCAAAAAAAAAUAUUUCUAAACUUACAUACUGAAAUCAUUCGAUAUAAUUUGAGCUUAGACUCGACCAUUAUUCUAGAUCAAAUAUAAAAAGACAAUUAAUGGUUUUUUAAGUAAACUGUAAUAACUUUCUGUUAUUCAAGAAAUUGUGUAAUAAGUUAUACUUAACGAAAGAACAAAAACAAAAGUUUUAUUAUUAUACACCAGUAAAUUAUUGUACAUAAUUUAUGUAUGCAUUUGAGAGGAUCGCCAAGUCGACGUUACGAUGCCAUAAUUUUAUUGGAGUUAGUAGGGUAUCGUAAUAUAUAAUCCGAUAUGCGAAUUCUUCGUUUAAUCUUAGUUUCAAAUAUUUAGUAUAUAUAUAUAUAUAUAUAAAUACAUAUAUAUAUUAAUUCAAUUUUUUUUUUCUUUUUUUUCUACUCACAACCGCUAAGUGAGAGUGACUUUUUUACAUUCAAUGAAAUUUGAAAUCUCAGUCAAAUUAUGUAGCAAUAAAAAAAAACUAAAUAAUCUACUUAAUCUAUCAUACCUAAUUCAGAGCCUAGGUAUACAAGUAUAGUUUGAAGUAAAUUGUAUACUUAAUCACUAUUAGUAACAAAGAAAUUUGACGGGUAUGAAUCCAUUCUGAUGCCUUAUGACUGAAUAAUUUCUAUCUUGUCAUAAUGCAGUAAGGUGCGUCGUAUUAUUCAAGUAUGUGAAUAGUAGAAUAUAAUCGUGCAAUUAAUUGGAAGGAACUAAUAAUGGUAAUGAUAAUUAUUUUAGAAAAAGACAUAUGUUUCGUUUGAGCCACAAAUAGAAUAGAAACUAUUACUUACAAUCGUUCUUUUUUUUUCUUUUUUACAUUAAUCGAUGCUUUUAUUCUAUUUUGUAAACGUUGCGAUUACUAUUACGAAUUUUCGAAGCCAAGAAUUAUUAUGUAAGAAGAAAAAAGUAAUUGCAGAA